AUGACUGAUCCACACAUGUCGCAACCAGCAGCAGCUCACGGACAUUCGGAUCGAUUCGAGUCGCUGUCCAUGUCUCAUCAGCAGGCAUUUAAGAUUCCAAUCUCAGGCAUCUCGGGUUCGCAAGACGCCUUCCUGACCGUAACCGGCACGGUCGAGACGGCGCGGAAAUUCCAUCCGGCUGCUCAGAGUCUGAUACCGCAAGCGAAUGAGCCAGCAGAGAUGAUGACCGCCUUUCAAACCUCGUUGAAAAUUCUACAGCUACAAGGAGUAUUCCCGACAAACGAGCAAAUCGAGACCUCCGAGCGACAAGGUGGAGCGUUCUGUGAUGUGGAAAAUCCCGUAUCAGACGCCAACCAACCAAGUAUCGCUGGCAGAGGAAGUCCGCCGAUUAAGAACGUCUUCUUCAUUGAUGGUGUUCUAGCCUUCCUCCGACAUGGCGCGGCGUAUCAUGGACAUCAAUCCUGUUUCGAGCUUGGACUACUCACCCACGAUCUCGAUCACAAUACUCAUCGCAUCGACAUCUUCCCGUCUGAAAUCGGCAAGCCAGGAACCACCCACACAUUGUGGAUGCUGAGAAAAGUGCAAGCGACUCGAGGCUUCUUCAGAGUCGACCACGAAGAGAGUUUCCUAGGCUUCACCUAUCGCUCCGAUCACCCGCUUACGAAACCCAAGCCCAAACCCAGCAUCAGUCCAGCACAUUUCCGCAGCGACAAAGAUCUCAUCACAGAACGAUAUACUGUCGAAGGAAUUUUGAGCGGCAAAGCCGGAUUGACUCCGGACCACUUCUUCGGCGAAGUCUUGCUGUACGUUGCGAUGGGGAUCAAGAAUACAAACCUGCUGACGGAGAAAAUCAAUAAUCUUCGUCAGAGUCCUUCGUCGCCGAAGUUGACGAAUAACAACCUCACCAAGAGAAUUACUGCCGCGCUCAAAGCUAAAGCUUGGCUUGAGGAUCGCUCUGAAGAUGAAGUUAUGGAUGAGUACGAUAUUAUCGUACGUGGCAAAGUCAACACUCGUCGGAAGCAGAUUCGUGAUGGUACCUCGAGGAGAAGCAAAAAGCGUAAGGACGUCGUGCGCACCAUAGUCGACAACGACGAUGAGGAAGAGUUGAUGGCAGAGAUCUCGGAGGACGAGGAAGAGGAGGGGAUGAUGUUCGAUGAAGAGGAGACCGCUGACCGUUCGAGCCCGAGUGGCCCACAUGCUCGCCGUGGCCGCUCAAGUCGGCGCCAGGCUGUAUCUUACGCUGAGCCAGGCUUUGAGAGCAGCGGGGACGAGGAGGACGAGGAGGACGAGGAGGGAUCGGAGCAGGCGCGCAAGAGAGUCAAGCUUCGUAGGUCGAUUGUUGAGUCUGAUGACUCCGACGUAUACGAGGAUUGA